AUGGGUACUGCUGGCAAUAGACGAACUGCUUCCGUCAGAUCAGUGGGUUACUCUGAUCUCUUCUGUUUAUCCAAAAAAGAUCUUUGGGAUGUUUUAAAAGAAUACCCCGCAGCUCGAGUGAAAUUAGAAGCAAUUGCUGUCAAACGAUUAGAAAAAUACAAAAAAGCUCCUUUAGAAAAAAUAGCCCUUCCUCGAAGUAAGAGUACCCCUGGAUUGGUCGAGUCAGCUGGAAAGAUCCCUAUACAAGCUUCCAUGGUUUUGCUUCCCCCUUAUCAACCAUCUCAUCCGACAAUUCAACAUCCUCAACAGAAUCUUCCGCACACGCCUAGUAGUGGAAACUUCCUACAACCACCGUUGUCGCCUAUGCCAACUUCCCCGAUGCCACCAAGCAUAAGCCCUAUAAGUUUGAACUCGCCAAAUCCACAAUCUGAACAAUUGCUCAAUGAAAUAGGACGAUUGCGUGAAAGAUUAGCACAACUGGAGACUGAGAACUCUUCCUUAACUGUGAAGCUGAACCAACAGCAGUGGGACGUGGAGAAUCGGUUAGCGGAACUAGAGAUGCAUAUUUGUCAAAGUGACAGUGUAGCGAGCACCGGAAGUGGUGGUGAGGAGAAGGUGGAUAAAAUGACACCUAUAAAUAGAGAGUCUAUAAUAUGA